UAGGUCCACAGUGCGUGGGCCAAAGGCCACGACCUCUGCAGUCUGUAGUCUUUCAGGAUCACUGUUGCUGGCGUGAGAUCAGUUGAGUGUUGAGAACACCAGUGGAAAGACGCAGUCACACCAACUAGCUCAAGGGAAGGGAAGGUUCGAAAGAGCUUUCUUAGCAAGGCAUUCGGGAUGCGUUGGUGCCAUCGAGUGGUCCUCAUCUCCUCCGUUUUGCUUGCAGCCUCGAUCCAGGGCGCUUUCCAUUUUUUAACAGCUGUUCAAGGGGCAGAUUUACGACGAGGCUUUCCUACUCCUGCUCCUUCAGAAGUGGAAGGCUCUCCGAGUACGCUCACGCCUUUGGAAUGGAGUCAAAAUAAGUCCUCCUUUUCCAACGGCAUUCUAUGGAAUAUUAACCAGGAGGAGGAUUCAGCAUCCAGAGUUAUCCCAAGAGAUGUCCACUGCAAGAAAGAAGGGUUGAACCCAAUCCCAGGUUCCUGCCAAAAAUUUAUAUACUGCAAAGAUUUAUCUGGCGAAGGAGUUGAAGACUGGUAUAUCCUAUUGUUCACUUGUCCUGAAGGACAAGUAUUUGAAGAUACUUCUGGUAAGUGCAAACAUCUCUCCUCAGUGAAAUGGAGUCCAGAAUGCCAUGCUGAUAGCAAAGACCAUGUCAGUGAGAAAGCUCUUAUCCACAACAGAUUACUGGAUGACGAAGACCUGACGAAACAAAAUACUUUGACCACUUCUAAUUCCUCUAGUGAGGAAAAACAUCCAGGCACACUGAAGGAUUCCUUAAAGCAAAAUAUAUGUGAUGACGAUGCAAGUGUUGCAUGUGGUGUUCCAGGAAAAGAUGAACUGAACAAGAAUGGCCCUGUGACCAGUGCAAAUGUCCAUCAGGAAACAGAAUUACCAUCACUGGACAUCAGCAGACAAAACAAUGGAAGUGUGAGAGACGACACUUCAGACUUUUCAGACCAAGACGAUGUCCAAGAAAGGAAAAAACGUUUUGCAAACCCUUUGGAAACCAAUAAAAACAUAGUAAAUAUUAUAGCUCAGGAGGCUGAGGAAAUAUGCAAUGAUAUGAAAAACAUCGACGAAUAUGUUAAAUAUGUUAGGUCUAGAGGACCUUUACAAUUUACACAUAAGGAAGACUUCCUCGUGGAUAUUUUAAACGUCUACAACCAAAAUCUGAAGUCUGCCCAGACGAACACUAAAUCCUGGGACCAGAGGAGAGGGAUUCUAGAAGCCAUUACAGAGGUUUUCAAUUAGUCAGGGAGUUUGGGCCUAAGCUCAAAAAUCGGUUUCACAGCAUGAAAACCUCUAUUGCCAAUAUACCAAAGACGGAUCAAAACUUUGAAAAAAAUGCAAUUGAUAUGAAGAAGUUAAAGGAAGAGAUAGAGAGAUUGGAAGCUCAAAUCAAAUCUAUUACAUACACAGAUGGCAUGGAAAUCAUUUUUGAAUACUUAGAACACAUGAUUGAAGAGAAAAGGUUGGAACUUUGGAAUUUGACCCAAAAAAAUGGCAUGUAUGAGAAGGAAUUUCAACAACUGGCUGAAAUCGUCGAAUAUGUCUUAAACAACUCGAUUGAAAUACAAGGGAAAUCAAGCAAGGCAGUUAGACUGAUGGAGGCAUUUCAUCAAACAAUUUAUCAAGACAGCAGAAAAUUUACUACUUCCAUUUCCAAGGCGCAAAUGGGCAGAAGAGCUAUAGAGAUGACAAAGAAGAAGACCCAACAGGAAAUAAUUGAUCACAAGAACAGAAUAGAUGAAGCUAAAAGAGAAAUUGAAAAGAAUCAGCACCUGUUGAGAGCCUAUAGAGAACAGGUAGAGGAAGCUAAGCAUGAUAUAGCACAAUACAUGUGGGAACUGGAAGCACAUGCUAAAAUAAAUCAUGAUAUGGCAGUAGCCGGCGGGAUCUUAAUGGUUAUACCAGUUGUGGGCUGGAUAACAGGAGGCGUUCUUUUAGGUGUGGGGAUAGAAGAAAGGAAAAGAGCCCUCCGCAUGAAGGAAGAUGCUAGGAGUCACUUGGAACGAAUGAUAAUAGACUACGAGAAUAAUGUUGCCAUUUUGGAGAACAUCGUAGCAAGAGAGGUACAAAUAAUCAACAAAUUGGUUAGUGCAAUUACAACCUUCGAAAGCAGUUUACUAGCUCUGCAGAAAAUCAACGGUAGUCUUCAGAGCAUGGAGAGAAAUGCCACUUCUAUUAUGCCUUACAUCACCCGAGCAGUUUCGGUGCUCGGUGGCUUGAAAGAUGUGUUCUCCUCGGUGGAAGAUGACUUGAAGGAAAUGAAGCAGGAAGUAAAGGAGGCCUACAUCAAAGCAAAGCAGGGAGAAGGCAGUUACUUUGGGUAUGAAGCAGUAGAGGAGAAAGUACAAGGUCCUUGGGAGGAUGCAAAGAGUAAAAUCAUUUCGGUGGGAGAUUGUGUUCCAAGAAACUGAAUCGUUGCUUAAUAUGGAUUAAUAAAAUGAUUAUUUAAGGACCAAGCUCAAUAACGAACUUUGCAAAAUAAAAGCUACGUGGUAUAUCCUUGUGCAACAUAAGAUUCCUUUUCUGCAACUUUUCAGUACACUGAGCAUUAAUUUAUGUAAGAGAGUGUAGUAAAAAUAUUGACUACCAAGGAUGGAGUCAUUGGAUUUAGCCCUUCUCAAUUUGAAGUGCUGUAUGCUGACACUGCUUUGUUUCUUGGUUUCCUUUUACUCUCUUAAAUUCAGACAUAAUCAAGUCUUAGGAAGUCUAAUAAGUCUACAUAUAUAGACUAUAAGCAUGUGUGUGCAAGUAUAUCUCAUUUAAUGUGCUGCAGAGAUUUGCAAUGCCAAUUUGGUUUGAAAUUUGUUAUGUAUACUACAGACUGUAAAAUGAGAACACUGGAAAGUGUUCAGCAACCUAAUAUUAGAAAUAGUAAAGAAUGUUUUGUUUUAAUAUUUGUUUAUAUUACAUAAAGCAUACCUGGGAGUUUUGAUUCUAAUGUCUUAGAAAUUAAGAAUUUCCCUUUGAAAGUGCCUCUUCAGGCUCCUGACUAAUUAAGUCUUAUUGCUUGAGUGUGUGAACCAGUUGAAUUAGCUAAAAGCCUUUGUGAUGUACUAUGCCUGAUACUUUUCUUAGUUAUCUUGACUACAUUUUUUAUUAUUUUAACCCACGUUGUUUUUUUUUCUCUCUCUGUUUGUAUGAAUACUACCAACAAUAAAACAGGUAGCACCAUU